AUGGAGCGAACAAGCCGUGCGGUGAUGCUGGGUCUAUCUCUGGCCGCAUUCUGUCUGCUGCUGCUGACCCCCGAUGCCCGGGCCCGGCCCGGGGAGUUCCGGACGGGGCAGGUCCGGGAUCUGCCGCUCAAUGACCCGCAGGUGCAGAAGGCGGCGCAGGAGGCUGUGGCCACCUAUAACAUGGGCAGCAACAGUCUCUACUACUUCCGCGACACGCACAUCCUCAAGGCGCAGUGCCAGCUGGUGGCCGGCAUCAAGUACUACCUGAGUUUGGAGAUGAGCAGUACAGCCUGUCGAAAGAACGCGAUGACUGGAGACCGCAGCGUGGACCUCACUAUCUGCCCCCUGGCCACAGGCACAGAGGAGGAGAAGCUACGCUGCAACUUUGAGAUCCUGGUGGUCCCCUGGCAGAACUCCUCCCAGCUUCUAAAGAAUGACUGUGUGCCCAUGUACUAG